AUGCCGAUAUCAUCAACACCCGGGCUUUGCGACUUCUGCUACAAGAAUGUCUUGAGCCCAAACAGUUCGUGGGCUUAUCAUCACCCAAGCCAGUCAUCUCUUGCGGCCUCCGCGCAUCGCGGCUGCGCCUUCUGUAUUCUCCUGCACAAAGAUGUACUGAGCCAUCGCAAGGCCCUCCACAAAAACGAAGAUAUGCAUGCUGACCUAAAGCGCUGGCUUCACGAGGAUGUGGCCAAGACUGACAAACUGCCUUCAGGCUGCGGCUCUACGACCUCUCUAUAUCGAUGGAGUAGUCGCAGUCUAGGUAGAACGAGAGACUCCAUGCGUACAGUGGGAAUAACUUUUCGGGUGGUGCCAAAGAGGCGCGCCAUCGAAGAUGAGAGACAUUCUGAUUUUGAUCUGCAAACCUUUGGUUUACCCGAGCGCAUCUUCUACUGUUUCCCUGAUGCAGACUUAGGGUAUCUCCUGAGCGCAGCCAAGCUCGGUAAGAGCACACACCCAGAUGUUACUGGCCAACAAAUCAAGAGUUGGAUGAGAGAUUGUGAAAAGAAUCAUAGGCAUUGUCCGAAACGGGUUGGUUCUGGAAGCAAUUUUGUUCCGACAAGACUACUCCAUAUUGGAGGCAAACGCCGAGGAGAUUCAAUUCGAGUCGUCAACACCACACUCAAGAAGGUUAGAGGCCCCUAUGUCACUUUGAGCCAUUGCUGGGGAGAGGCGAAAAUAUACACUCUACGAUCAAGCACCUUGGAAGAGAUAAUGUUUGUCGGUGUUCCGUGGCACAAGCUGCCAGUCAAUUUCCAGCAGGCUAUUGAAGUGGCAUGGCUUUUGGAUGUUGAUUAUAUCUGGAUUGACUCUCUGUGUAUAAUGCAAGGGGACAGGGACGACUGGAAGCGUGAAGGAUCUCGGAUGGAACAGGUCUACCGCAAUUCGUAUUGUAAUAUUGCGGCAGCCGACGCCGUAAACAGUGCUGGAGGCCUCUUUCGUGAAAGGGAGCCACACAAGGUUACACCAGCUCACUUCGAGAUAUCGGGAGGCUCCCCGAUGUUUGGUACACAGAAAUGGAGAGUUGUUAGAGCAGACUUGUGGGAGAAUGGCCUGUUGAGGAAACCGUUAUACACGCGCGGCUGGGUCUACCAAGAACGUAUGCUUGCACCCAGGAUCGUGCACUUCAGCAAACAUCAAAUCUUUUGGGACUGUACGAAGAUGAGCGCGUGUGAAGGUAUUCCUACCGGACUUCCUUUACCGUUGGAGCAAAAAUCCGCGGCAGAUCGUCAUUGGCGAGGCCGGCUUCAGGAGACCACGAGGGGCACGAUGCCCUUAUCUGGUGUGAACGACGAGUCCCUCGAAGACUUCUGGAGAACGGCAGUUGAGUAUUACACUAGACUCGACCUCACUAAGCAGAGCGACAAGCGUAUGGCAAUUUGGGGAGUUGCCAAACGAGUUCGCGAUACGCUUGAUGAAGAGUAUGUUGCAGGAAUGUGGCAAUACGCUAUGGAAGAACAACUAGCAUGGCGAGUUGCAGACUGCGAGACAGCGGAACGACCCAAGCAAUUGGUCGACUUUCCGAGCUGGUCGUGGACCUCUGUGAAUGGAACAAUACUAAUUCCCGAGCGUUCAAAGGCCGAUGAGCGACAUUAUUGUGUUACCGAUCAUGACGGAAAGGCUCUUGCUUUUACAAUCAGGGGGGAAGGCACUCGCCCAAUGCUGCCGAGGAGCUCAUCUGAAACCCCUGACGAUAUGGGAAAGGAGUUGGAUCUGGUGGCAGAGAGGCGACGGAAGUCGAGUGCAACGUCACGGAAGAACUCGCAACAAGAUCCUGCAGGGCCCAACUACCAAGCGUUUGAAUCGAAGGAACCAAAGGGAGGGCUUCUUGGGCAAGAAGAAACACACUCAGACAUAGAUGAUAAGCGGGACAAAGAGCCCGAAUUGGAACAUGAACAUAUCGCUAUACGAGGUCAUCUUUGCGAAGGGCGUUUGAAGCGUCUCGACGGCAAUACAGAAUGGGCCCUCGAAUUACUCAGCAGGCCAGAUGUAGACCAGAAGCAGUUCGAUGUUAAGGCUUUUCCGGAUGUCGCACCCAAGCUACACGAAGAAGUGGUUUUGUUCGUUGUUCUUGCCUUGACGCGGCACGUCGACCGUUCGGACAGACCGCUCUGGAUGAAUACAGAUACAUCAAUUCAAAAGGCCUGGUACGCAGGCCAAGGUAUCAUUAUUCGACGCUCGACUCAAGCCGAAUCAUCCUACGAACGUAUUGGCGCUUUCGAUAUUCGACGAAUGAGUCCUCUUGUGUGGAAAUACCUACAAUGCACAUAUUCCACUGGAGAUCCUGAAACGGCGCCUGAAGCUAUAAGUAGCCCAAGCACAAAUUUCUUUCUGAGAUAA